GUCACAUGACAUUACAUGAACGAUUCCUCAACCAGUGUCUGUCUGAGGAAGUAAGUUCCCCAUGGAUCACUGAUGUCGGUGCACAUUAUAAAAACGUCGCGCUGACUGAAGAGGUGGAACUUAAGAACCUAUUCCAGCAUCAUAAUUUAAGGGGAGCAAACUUAUGUCAACCAUGGCUGCUGUUAACGAUAAAAAGCCAAAAGGACUUGCUGCAGCUACCUUCACGCCAUUAACUACAGAUGGUGAAAUCAACCUGUCACUGAUUGGACCUUACGUUGACUACUUGACACAGAAGCAAGGUGUGAAACAAAUAUUUGUCAAUGGCACCGCUGGAGAGGGCAUGUCCCUCACAGUUGCAGAGAGGAAGAUGCUGGCUGAAGAAUGGUGUAAGAAAGCAAAGGGCAAAAUGGAUUAUGUGAUCGUGCAUGUUGGCUGCCUGAGUUUUAGAGAUUCCCAAGAACUGGCGCGCCAUGCAGUAGAGAUUGAGGCUGAUGCGAUUGCAGCCAUAGCUCCCUUCUUCUUGAAGCCCAACAGUGCAGAUGCAUUGAGGAAGUUCCUCCAGGAGGUGGCUUCAGCUGCCCCAACUCUGCCCUUCUAUUACUAUCACAUUCCUUCUAUCACCGGUGUAAAUGUGUCAGUGCCAGAUGUGUUGGAGGAUAUUGGGAGUCUCAUUCCCUCCUUUAGUGGUGUAAAGUUCAGUUCAGCUGACCUGAUGGAGUUUGGCCUGUGUUUCAGCCACAGUCCGCCUCACUGGACAUUCCUCUUUGGAGUGGAUGAGCAACUGCUCUCAGGUUUGGCUAUGGGAGCUCAGGGGGCAGUUGGCAGCACCUACAACUACAUGGGAAGUCAAAUGAACAAGCUUAUAGCUGCAUUUGAAAAUAACAACUUAGAAGAAGCCAGAAGGAUACAGUUCAAGAUGCAGGAUCUUAUCCAAUAUGCCAAGACACUUGGUUUUGAUCUGGGAGUGAACAAGCAGCUGAUGAGCGAGUUGUCCGGCUUGUCCCUGGGGCCUCCUCGUCUUCCUGUGAUGCCAUGUCCUCCUGAACACGGUCGGUCCAUCGCACAGAAGUUUCACAGCCUGUUCCCUGAAGCUUCAGUCUUAAUGCAACAUGUGAUGGGAAAUCAUCUCUAAGUAAUCUUGAGAUUUCAAACCAAUUUUAUACCUUUUAACUUUCGGAUAACCUUGAACUGAUCUCUCAGGUGUAUGUUUUCUUGAUUUGAUACUUUUGAAUAUUUCUAUGAAACUUUUGUCUCAACAUAUAUUUUACGAGUCACUAUUUGACCCUGUGUUAGGGUUAAAGUCCAACAUUUUAUGUAAUAUUUUAGUGUGUGAAUCAUUUAGUUUCAACUUUCGUUCUGAUGUUACAGCUAAACCUUUCAAUGCCAGGCUGAUAUGUAAAAGUAAAAAAGUAUUAGAAUUUUACACAGAUUAUUAGUAUUAAAUUAUGAUCCUGUAGUGUUUAAGAACACUAUUGAAUCGCUUUUUAUAAACGUGAGCACUCCAAGCCUUGCCAUGUUAGACCUGAGGCAUGAAAUAUAUAGACCAUGUUAUCACUGUAAACUACUACAAAAAAGAGAGUAAAAGGUGAUGCUUCCUUCACGGUUUGUUACAUAUCACCUCUGACGAUGAGGAGAUGAAAAAUUGUUUUUCUACUUUGAAAAUCACUGUACUUUAAAUGACUAUCAGAGGCAGAAAAACACAAAAAGAGAGGGCAGAAAUACAAUCUCGCUCUCAUUAAGAAGUUUCUGAAACUAAAACCGAUGUUACAAGGGAACAUAAAACUUGCAAACAAGACUCAGACCAUGUUAUGAGUGUAAUUAGUUAAAUGCACCUUUUAUAUGCAAUACUCAAAGGGAAAUGUAUGUUUGUACUGUCUAAGUAUGUACUGUACCUUUUAAGACUUAAUCAAUUCUUACCCAUUAAAUGUGUUGAUCCAUU